ACUGAACACAACCAAUCGCCAUUCACCAUUAUACGCCGUUUCGCAAUUCGACAAAAAAGAAAACGUAAAUACGGAUAUUUCAAGAGAAUAUAAAAAAUUUCAUCAAAAUGUCAGGUUUAAUCGACAAAAGAAAAAGAAGUCGCGAAGAUGACAUCUGUGAUUCAACGCCAUUGUCCAAACGGAUCAAUCAGCUGCAUUUGACAAAUUUGGACGAGCCCCAGCAGGCAAUACAACAACUACAUUUUAAUGACCCCACCAAACAAGUUGAUUUGGCACAGGCAUACAACAGUAAUCACAUAAAUAACAGAGCUUUAAAUAUGCAUUUGCAUAAUAAGCAUGAUAUGUCCGCUGCUGGGCAUCAACAUCAGAUGCAUUUACAGCAUCCUUAUGCACCCGAGCUGAACGAGGCUGAGAAUCCAUUCUAUUAUAUUAAAAAUAAGUUGUUGUAUGAAUUGCACUUUGAACGGCUUAAGCGAUGUGUUGUGUAAAGCGAUAAGCGAGAAUCCAAGAAAAGGUUACAAUCGGAACGGAAUGCGCAUAUGAGUACGACCAGUGCAUAAAGGCAAGCUUAUAAAAGCUAACGCAACAGGCAUAUAUUUUCUAAUUUAAUAAUAACUAAGUAUACCAUGUAAGACAGCAUAUAUAUGCAAUAAUGUACUUAGUCCCUAAGUUAUUUUUGGCUACCCUACCAUCAAUGUGUAAGGUUUUUGGGCACACACCUUCACACAUACAUACAUAAACUCCUGCAUAAGCAUAACAAAUGAGUGUAUAUAAAACCCCAUUUAAGGCUUUAAAUUGCCACAAUAGAGGUUAGCCUUAAUUACGCGAAUUGUAAGCCUAAAUUAAAAGAGCUUAAGUUAUUAUAAAAGCCAAAUACUAAUUGUUUGUAAAAAUGCUCUUGAAAAACAAUAAAUUCUUUUUGUUUGUGAACACCUGAAA